AUGCUCGUUGUAUAGGUCAAUAUUCAUAGAGGAUGUCUUAUACCCCAGCUUAAUUGGGGUCUCUAGUUCCUUUUUGAGAUUCGCAGCAAGCCCUAUUGUCUAGUGGAUGAUGACAUCUUACCAUCUCGGAUAUUAGAGAUCCCCGAGCAACAGGCUACCGCCCACCCACUUCAACAACAAUUCCCCAUUCAGAUCUUGUGUACACUCGGCCAAAAAAUUCCCCGCCCGUCAUGCCAUCCCCUUCGCGAAACAUCCCGGCGGCAGCUGCGAAGCCACAGCGGGUGCUCGCAUGCAUCCUCUGCCAGAGCCGCAAGGUCAAGUGCGAUCGGAACUUUCCCUGCUCUAAUUGUGUGAAAUCUGGGGCAACUUGUGUACCUGCUGGCUCAAUCGCGCGGCAGCGACGUAGGAGGUUUCCCGAACGCGAGCUACUGGACCGUCUUCGCCGUUAUGAAGGCUUGUUGCGCCACAACAAGAUCGACUUCGAACCCUUGCACCCAAGUAGCACUACAGAUCAGUCUAACCCAGUAGCCGAGGGUAAUUGUUUCGAGCUGAGCUCUAAGAUCCAGGCAAUCGAUAUCGCCAGCAGCGUUGAAAGCCCCGAAUCGGAACAUGUGGACGACACACCCAAUUCUAAAACCAUUAACAUAUGGCAUGUCAUGAAUCAGAGAUCGCAAUCACCUUCUGAAGAUGGAGAAACCGACGUAGACGAGUAUGAUGUCGAUAAGGAACUGCAUGCUGACAUCCGUCUUACGAACGUGAAGACGGCGCUGUCGCAUUUGUUUGAAGAUGACGAUGACGGCAGAUUCAACUUCGGCGCUCGUUCAGAUAUAGAUCCCAUAACACUCCACCCUUCACAAGUCGACAUGAUCAGGAUUUGGCAGAUCUACCUUGACAAUGUCAAUCCGCUACUCAAAGUUACUCAUACUCCAACGCUGCAAACACGCAUCAUUGCGGCGGCAGCAGACUUGGCAAGCGCAACUCCGCAGUUACAGGCUCUCAUGUUUGGAAUCUAUUGUGUGUCUAUGCUGACACUUUCGGAUGAUGAGUGUAUUACACUAUUUGGUAACAAAUGCGGAGACCUGCUACGAAAGUUUCAGUUGGGUUGUCGACAAGCGCUCUUACGAAGCGGAGUAUUGCGAACAGACGACCGUGACUGCUUAACGGCCCUUUUUCUGUACUUGCUCUCGACGAAACCUAGAGCUGAACCUCGCUCGCUUUCUACCAAUCUUGCUGUGGCUAUACGUCUCGCGCAACACAUGGGGCUUCAUAGUGAAGACCUCAAUUCGAAGCAUACUGCUCUAGAGGCAGAGAUGCGUCGCCGCAUUUGGUGGUCACUAGUCCUUCUCGAUACGCGUGUGGCUGAGAUGUCAGACUUCAAAUGCUCGAUUCUCUUGCCUGGAUGGGAUUGCAAACCUCCAUCGAACAUCCAUGACUUCGAUUUAGGGACGGAGACAAAAACGCCACCUGCGCCACAUGAGAUGAUCACCGAGUCUACUUUCGCAGUUGUCAGAUGUGAGCUGGCGAACUUCGUACGACACAGUGGCUACUGGCUCGCCUUCAACAACCCUUGCUUGAUGCCACUUGCACGCCGCCCACCAGUUGGAUCUUCCCCCGCCGGCGACGAGCUUGCUGUUAUUGAGAAUUUGGUGGAGGAGAAAUACCUCAAAUUCUGCAACCCAGCAAAUCCGAUACAUUUCAUGAUAGUGUGGAUGGCACGAGGCUACCUUGCUAAACAUCGGAUGCUUGCGCACUAUGCGCGACAUGCGCGAGCACCUUCAAAGCAGACCGAGGAUCAGCGCGACCUAGCUCUUGGGUAUGCGCUGACGCUAUUCGAAUGCGAUACAAAGCUUCUCUCUUCUCCUCUGACAAAGGUUUUCACUUGGUUCACUAUGACAGUGCUGCAGUUCCCGUUCCAAGCAUACAUCCAUGUUGUGCAGGACCUCGCUCGACGUCCGACGACCAAGCUAGCCGGAAGGGCCUGGGCGGUGAUGAGUGCCAACUACACUGUACGAUUCACGCACUGGCUAGGGUCCGAUGACAAUCCGCUCGCGAACAUCAUUUCCAGAAUCGUGCUGCAGGCUUGGGAAGCACGCAGAGCGGCGGUGCCGUCUGAGACCGAGACGGUACCAGGCAUUGUCGAAUCCAUGAUGAACCGAAAACAGGCAGGCAUGACACCUGAUUACUCACACCUGCCGAGCUGGAUACAACAAGGAACAACCAGCAACGAUGAUUCGUGGAUGCCUGUGCCUAUACCGGCUCCGAUGCCUAUGAUGAGUUUUGAUACAUUUGAUCCUGCCUACAACUUUGCGUGGCCAGAUCCAAUGUCUAAUAUGCAGGACACAUCUUCUGCAGAAAUGAGCAUGGAUUCGAUGAACUGGGGCAACACGGAGUGGAGCUCUUUGCGUGGCGGCGGUCAGGGAUGGUGAAAGCCGUUUCGAACUAACAGGCUUGAGCGGUCAUGUUCUCAAGCGAGCAACGAGCACAAGCCGGAUAUGACCUCUCCAAGUACUUGCGAAUAAUAUUGUAAUGCUUCGGAAGAUCGCGCUGGGGACCAUUCAAGCGAAUAUGUAACGGUCCUGUGCGGAUAUACUACAGUUCUCUCCUCAUACACCGCUAAAUUUUUCUGCUCCACUCUUUUGAAGCAUACUUCUUCUGCCC